AUUACAGCUGUGUCCGCCGAUCACAUGAUACCGCCCCGCAACGUCAUUUCCCCGCGACCGUCUGUGACAGAUAGAUCCAUGUGAACAGCUUGCACCAAAGUUAUCGUUCUUGUUUUACAGGUUGGAUGUGGGAUGGUGACGCCGACUCCUGAGCUGUGAGAAGCCUUUUCUCUCCUCUUCCCCCUGUGGCCACUGUCUUGUCUCUCAGACACAAUGGCCAGCCGCCUCUUGGGCAGAUAUGUCCGCCUGCUCUGCAGGGCCUCCUCUCAGGCUCCAGCCGCUGCGGCCGCCCGCCUGCCUCCGCCUAUGGCUUUGCCUGCAGAGUUACUGAGGGCUCUGGGCUGGCCUAGGGUCACAGAGAGGUUAAUGUGUGAGGGAAAGACAAUUAACAAGGAUGACACUUUUCCAACCAUGCCUACAUUCACCCAGCUGGAUGAGUUGGUGGAAAAGGCAGCAGUGCCAGAGGACAUCCUGCUGGCCUGGGGAGAGCACGGAGGAAAUAGUAAUCAAGCUGCUAAUGCCCUGAUGAAGUGGACUCUGUUGGUGCUAAGGACGAAGGGCAAAUUUAAGGAACUGAUGGUGGAUUCAAGGCUAUUGGAUAUGAUGGAUACCAUAUCUGGGCAGGUGUCCUCAGUGUGGAACGGCAAUCUAGUGUCUGCCUUGCGAGCUCUCUGGAUCAUGGAUUUGCCCUCCACUGAUUCAGUACUCAGUUCUGUCCAGACAGAGGUCCUGUGGCGAGUGCGCAGACUAACCUACAAGCAGCUGGGCUACCUGGCUGACUGGGGAGCAGACAGGAAGGGACAGCAGGAUGUGGCAAUAGUGAACGCCGCAUUAAAACAACUGGAACUGCGCUGGAUUGAAAUCGCUGACACUAAAACUGUCACUGGCCUGAUAGCCAAAGGACAACGCAUGUCACCUACCUUGAUGGACAGAUUAGAGGACAAGGCUUUGGAGCUCGCAGAGGGCUUUACAGCAGAAGAGAUCCGCAAAGUCUGCGUGUCUUUGGCAGCUCAGAGCCGCAGAUGUGUCCCACUGCUCAGAGCUCUAUCCUACCAUCUUCUCCAGAAGCCGUCAUCCGAGUUCACCACUCCACUUAUAAUGGACAUGGCAUUUGCUUAUGGGAAGUUGAAUUUCCAUCAUUCUCAGGUAUUUCAGCGAAUGGCCUCAGAGUUGUUGCCCAGAGUCCCUGAGCUCAACUCUGUUGAUGUCACACGCUGUGCUAAAUCACUGGGCUUCCUCAAAUGGCUCCACAUCCCCCUUUUUGAGGCCUUUGCUGAGCAUUACACAGCAAACAGUCAGAAGUACAGUAUUCUUCAGGUCUGUAAUCUGCUCAUGACCUUUGCCAGAUUGGGUUUCCAGCCCAGCAAAGGAGAAGAGUUCUUUAGCAAGGUUCACCCUGUGCUGGAGGAGCCUCUCUUUGGGCUGGAGCCCUUCCUGCAGACAGAUGUGGUUUGGUCCCUGUGUGUGCUACAGCAGGCCAAGCCCCACUACCUCAUCCCCCUCAUGCAACAAAAUCACGUUACCAAACUGUCAGAGGGCAGUGCAGCUCGAGUGGAGAACUAUCGACUGAAGCUCCUCCACAUUGCUGCUACUCUCCACUUGGAGCAUCCAGGUUCCUCAGAUUCAGAUACUCCAUCCUCUCUGACUGCCCCAUCUGUCGUGGCCAGCAUCUCCCCCCUACAGAGCAGCUUAAGAGAGGCAUUACAGAGUUUGUUGGGUGGGAGGACAGAGGCCCUUCGCACUGGGGUUGACACUGUGUAUGGAUGGACUAUUGAUGGUGAGCUGGUAGUGGAUUGUGACAACAAACCAGUUGACAUAUUGAUGCUGAAAGCCCCUCACCUACCCAGUGGAGGAGGAGACCAGGCAGUACCUGUAGGGGCGCGGCGGAUUGCUUUCUUGGCUUGGGAAUUUCCUAACUUUGGCUCAAAGAGUAAAGACCUUCUGGGCCGGUUUGCCAUGAUGAAGCGACAUCUUCAGUUGGCUGGCUUCAUAACAGUGGAGGUGCCAUAUUAUGAGUGGCUGGAGUUGAAGACAGACUGGCAGAAACUGGCGUACCUGAAGGAUAAAAUGGGGAAGGCUGUGGCCGAGGACAUGGCCAAGUGAACUGGGCAAAGCCUGACCAAAAUUUGCAGGCUCAGCUAAAUAAGAGCUUUUACAACCAAAUGGGACCAUAGAGAAUACACACAUACACCCACGUUCACACUCAGAACGGAGCAGCACUGCAGAACGAAGCAGCACUCUCAUACUUCAGAAGAUACUUCAUGCUCUCAGGAAAAAAAAUAAAAAAAUAAAAAAAUCAUAUUUUCACUCUGGUUCCCUUGGCAACGUGGGGGGCUUUCCCUGUUUCCAUGGUGAUGAUGGGAAAGAGUUUUGGGAGGAAGGGAGAGACAGAAAUAAACACAACAAUGAACUGUUCAGUAGAAAUGAUAUGAUCAAGGACAAGUCUGACAUGAUAAACAGAAGCACCUGGGCCACGUGUAGAAUUUUGGUCAAGUGUUGUGCUCAAUAUCAGAAUGUGAAUAGAUUGGAAUAAUUUAUCUAUCUCUGUGAAUGUGUGUGGAGUCAUCUUGUGAUGGAAUAAAUUGUUUUAUUGCCGUUUUGGUUCCCAGUUAUGUUUUUUAUUUUCUCAUGAGAGUGACUAUAUGCUUUGUAGCAGAUUCAGGAUGUGGGGUUGUGUGUGUAUGAUACAUGUGCACAUUUUCUCAGGGGGUGUAAAGUGUGCAUUGGAUUUUAUUUGGUGUGGUAUUCAGACCGAGGAUGCUUAAUUUCACAUCUAACAUCUAGGUCGCACACAUCUCUGGCAUACUGGUGUGUGUACUGUGCAUUAGUAUUUUUAGGAAAUGUUUAUUGGAUAAGUGAAGAGCAACAACUUGUUUCUUAUUGUGUUCAACUACAGCCCAAGUAACAUUACUUUUUAGCAGCCCAACUUUGGUUAGAAUUAUGAAAUCAGAGGCAUUAAAAUCA